UUCACUGAAGAAUGUUACUACUUGUUCAGUGCACCUUGAUGUGGGGAGCGGCGUUCUCUGACACAACUGUGACAAUCUACAACGAAUGGCUCGCCCAGGGUGGACGUGUCCAUUAUGAACCUCAAAGAUGGAACAAAAUUAAUGGACUCACCCAAUUGAACCUAAUUCCAAAGUGUAAAUCUAUCGGAACGGCACCCGGGCGUUGGUUGAACAGCGACCAGAGUCUCUUCCCAAAUUGGCCUCAAAGCCCUAGUCACCCUGGUUACCCCGACCCCACCUAUCUCCAGAACCAUACAUUCCAGUCAAAGACAUGGGCGUCCUAUAUGCUACAACUGGAUGGCUAUGGGAGCGGCAUCGACAACAUGGCCUGGAACAUACAAGGUUUAACCUGGCCCAACUGGAUGAAUAAGUCGCACCAUCAAGGUAAAUUCCCAAACAACGUUGAUGCUGCGUCAGAGGUUGUGUCACUGAUGGUUCAGAGUGCCACGAGUUACACAGGAGGACGCAGUCCCCACAUUUUUGAAGUCAUCAAUGAACCUGAUUGGGUGGAAAAGAUUAUUGACCCACAAACGAAUAUAGACUUCCAUGAGGCCGUCGCCGACAAGCUGAAAUCAAGAUUUGGAAUAAAAGUUGCAGGGCCAUCGUACACCAGUAUGGCCUUACGACAAGCAGAUGAAAAUAACUUCGCCCACUGGAAGAGAACUGCUACAUUUAUGGAUAUGUCUCUUAAUCACUUGGACUUUUUUUCUUUCCAUUCCUACAAUUAUCUGCGUGUAUCGGGUGGAAAUCAUACCUUCUUUGGCAUCAACGAAGCGCGCCUGGUUGCUUCUCUUGACAUGGUGGAGAAUUACUCUCAUCUCAAGAAAGGAAAAGGUGUUCAGUUAAUUAACACAGAAUUUGGAAGAGGUAACGUUUUCGGAGUUGCCCCCGAUCUUGAAAAUGGAAUGAUAGAGUUCGAAACCAUUAAUCAACCAAACGGCUUCAUGUUUACUUUCCUUAACAUGAGAGAGUUUAUUGACAGAGUAACUGUGUUUCUCCACUCAAAUGGGCAAUGGCCGGGCCAUAAUUCCCUUCGAAAUUCAUUAUUCACGAAGGAUGGUCAUCCCCUUCAAACGACCAAAUUCUUCACGUUUUGGCAAAACUUUACAUAUGAUCAAAAGUUUCUACGGGUCACAAGUCAAUAUAGUGGACAAGAGAGAAUGGUUGCCCCUCUUGCUCUUGCAAAUCCUCACAGCAAAGAGAUGAUAGUUCUUCUACACAACUAUGGCAGUGAAUUGCAGAAUGUAAAACUCGACUUUAACGACAGCUGGAUCAACCCUUUGACGGGUGAGGAAACAUGCAUUCUGUUCGAAAAUGGUUAUCCAGCUCUUCAUCUCAAUUACCCUUUCAACAUGUCUAAGCUUAAUGGAACAGUUGAUCUCCCUGGAUCAUCAACCUGCUUCUACAAGUUUAAAACCAACUACAACUUUGCCGGAAUACGCACGGACAACCAGAACACAUACUAUGGCAAGGACAUGGUGAUCCCCAUCAGCAACGGAAAUGCGCAGACAACCAUCAGUCUUCCCGGCGCUGGCUUUCAUACAUCUCGUCUUAGAGUGGGAGUUAGCCGAGACAAGAAUGCCAAUGCAAAACCCAAUAGAAUUGUGUUCAAUGGCGAUACGCUGUCUUCAAGCUACAUGCUGUUUGAUGCAAUGAAGACGGAGGGGAAAACAAAAUGGAACGUGUGGGUGUUCAUGGUUCCUGAAUCACAGGUCCACACAUUAAACACCGUAAGCAUGACCUUUGAUGGAAAUGGUGGCCACGUGACAUCCGUAGCACUGGUUGUUGGGAAACUUCAGUAGAUAAAGUUUAAAGUCCGUAAGAAUAUUUUGCAUGUGUUUCAAUCCCGGAUGAGAAAUGAAAUGCCAAGAGAAGGUGACGUGUCACAGAGAAUAGAGAUAGAAUAGGCCAAUACAAACUUGAAAGAGAUCAUUUUGUCAAUCCAUCAGAAAUAGAUUUAUCAUAUAAAGGUUGGUGUUAUCGAUGUGAUAAACCAAUCCAAAUAACUUUAUUGACGGUAUUGUAGAGGGGAAUAUGUCAAGACAAACAGAUAGAUAGGCUUUACAAGUCUCGUUCCAACAACACAUGUGCUCGUGGGUUUCACCUAAGUGCUCAACGUCUGAGGCCUGCAUCACUUUCUUUCUACAAUGUGAGGACGUGCUGUGAUAUAACUGCAAUACUUUUUAAAAUCGCGUUAAACCCAACUCCCUCACUCAUCCUCUACAUGUCCCUAACAAUGUAUGCGUGUCAGUUCUGACAGAACCAUUAGGCAAAUUAAUGGGCAUAUGUUUCCUCCUGUUAAAUCAAACCCGACCUGGCAUAUCCUUUUUGAAAACUCAAUAUCAUCAGUUCAACACAAGUUCUCUUGGCUCACGAUGAUGGGAUCGUGUUGCUUACUGCAAGUGUCUACACACUGUGUCGUACGUCUGCUAGCAUCAUGACACGGGAUUUGUAUUUUCUUACAUCGUAAAUAUUCAACAAAAACACUUGAAAUUUGGAUGAGGUGAAUAUUUAUAAGUUAUGAAUGGUUUCCUGCAAAUUAAAUAACAUUAAAUGUUAGAUUAACCCGAAUGUUCGUAUUUCUGCAACUGACAUGAUGACCU